AUGCAUCCCGUCGGCUGUCGUCGAUUGACUCUUACCCAGAUUAUUUUGUCCCACUUAUUAGUAAAACCCCUCCACCAUCACUCCAAAUCGACGGCGACACCCAUAAGCUCAUUCAUCUUAGCCCAGCGAACAAGAAAAUGCAUUUUCUAUGACCCAUCGGAGAAGGGGGAGAAGAGCGGUGGCGGUGGUGGUCCCGAGCUGAAGGAGGUCGUCGAUUCGUGGACGUCGACCAUCCAGAUCUUGCCGCUCGAGAAGUUUUCCUUGGAGCUAGGAGGAGGCCACGGAGUCACCAGUAGCCGAGGAGUCAAGGUCGCCAACUCCAACAAUCUCUUCCAGCGCUGCAAUUUUCGUGAAGCUCCACGAUUUAUCCAGACCCUUCCGACUUCUCCAUCGCCACCCUAA